AUGCCUGCAUCAGCAGCAUCAAGUACAACAGUAUUCAAACCAACAGCAGUAUAUUCAAUUGGUAACAACAAUCAAGGUCAACUUGGAUUGGGUGAUUGCAAGUCAGAGUCAACCUUUAGCUUCCUAGACUCAUUAUCCAACGUCUCUGUAAAGUCAUGCAAGUCAUCACUCUUGCACACUGCACUCCUGACACACGACCACGACAUGAUGACUUGGGGCGCUAACUUGCACUUCCAGAUUGGACACAAGGGAGGUGCAAAUACGAGCAUCUUCCCAAGCUUUGUAGAGAGUCUGCCGUUCUCUGUAAAGGCUGGCGCAUUCCCAAAGGAUGCUAUUUUGGACUUGGCAUUGGGAGGAUGGAACUCAUUCGCGCUGACAAAGGCUCCUCGCACUGGCGCCUCACACAUCUAUACUUGGGGCAACAAUGCAUGUGGACAGAUGGGCAUCGGAAGCAUAUUCAACAUUCAAACCCCGUCCAUCAUUCAAUCGCUGGCCACCUUCAACAUUGUGCAGAUUGCCAGUGGUGGAUUCUAUCACACGCACUUCCUAACGGACAAGGGCAUGGUGCUCAGCUGUGGACGCUCGGUCGAUGGACAACUUGGAAUAUCCAAUGUCAUUGCCGGUGGCGGCGGAGGCGAUGCGGACAACUACGUAGCCAUUCCGAUCAGGGCCGACCUGCUCUCAGACAUUAUCGUGAGAUCUAUCACAUGUGGAGUCUUCCAUUCGUUGGCCAUUGAUGACAAGGGAGAUCUGUAUCAAUGGGGCCGAGGCGAGCUGAGGAAGGAGAGCAAGGAUGAUGUUCAUUACAAUCCGAUGAACCAAUUCAAUCGAUAUGACAGGACUGCUGACAUGGACAGAGUGUCCAAGAUCACUGGCAUCGAGGGUCGAGUGAUCCAAAUCGCUGCAAGUGACAACCUCUCAUUCGCACUCACCGACGAUGGUGUGCUCUACCAAUGGACGUGCAUGGACCUCACGCCCAUCAAGCUUGCUCAUCCCGAGUUCAACAAUCACAAGAUCAUUCAUAUUAGUACCAGUCCAACGCAUACAGGUGUCAUCCUACGACCUGACGACAUCGAGUCAUCAUCGUCAUCAUCAUCAGCAACAGCAGCAGCAUUGACUGAUGUUAAUGAUCAAUCAAACAACAGCAACAGCAAUAGCAACAAUAAGGUAUUUAUAUGGGCGAAUCGAUCAUUCUCAUUGGACAAACAGUUACAUGGCAGCAUGUUCUCCACGGUCACCGAGACCAAGCAACUGUUCAACUUCCCAAGCGAUCACCAAGUCGUGGACCUUUCAUUAGGCGCUCACUACGCUGUUGUCUUGGCCGAGCAACGAACUACCAACAACGCCAACACCGCCAACACAACCAUCACCCAGAGCUAG